AGCCGCAGCCACCGCAUGGCCCCGGCGCGGCCUCCCCGGGCCCUGCCGGGGCUGGGGCCGGUGCUGGGGGUGCUGGCGGUGCUGGCCGGGCGGGCCGGGGCCGGGGCCGGGGCCGGGGCAGGUACCAGGGCAGGUGAAAACUGUAGCGUCUUGAAAGAAGGGGAUGUCAUCCAGAAAUGGGAUGAAAACUGCUAUUGUUACGUGCAAAACAGAACCUUGCACUUACAGUACAUUUGGUCAACUGUAGAGGUAAAAAUCAACAGCACAGAAACAUUCAGGUUUGUGCCUACUUCAGAAAAAAGCAACUGUCGUAACUCAGAAACUGUUUUUGAGUUUGCUGCGUGUGCUGUUCAAAUCUUCUGGAAACCAGAGACAGCUACAGAAACUUUCCUAAAAAUAAAACAAUAUGGAGAGGAUAUCUGCUUCAAAAUACAGCCCUUUGAGAAAGAACUGUACAUCGUGAGUGUGAAACGAGAAAUGCUAGAUGGAAAGCUCUUGUUUUUGUUUGUAGCUGGAAUUUUUCUGUUCCAUUUUGCACACAGUCUGAGCAGGAAUACCAAGUUCUUUUACCUUUCUGGAGCAAUACUGGGUGUUCUUGCUCUGCUAGUCUUUGUCCUGUUGACGCUUAAAAGAUUUAUUCCAAGGCACAGCACCUUCUGGAUAUUAAUGAGUGGCUGCUGGAUGUCCUCUCUCUAUGUUAUUUUCUGUUUCAAAGAAAAUAUGGAGUGGUUGUGGUCCGAACACAGGAAAUACUUGUUGGGGUAUUUUCUGGCUGUUGGAACGAGCAGCUUUGCCACAUGCUAUCAGCACGGACCGCUUACCAGUGAACUGAGCAUAACCUUGUUCACGUGGACGCUGCAAUUAACAGCCUUCGUCUUGAUUUACUGCGGUGUCACCAUACCUCAAGUUGCAUAUGCAAUAAUAGCAGUCAGCCUCUGCUCAAAAGGCCUGUGCUAUCCCCUCGGUGCUGCUUGUCACAUAGGCAGAAAAAUGAAGAACCGCUUGCAAUCAAGAAAGUUAGUGUUUAGAUGGCUUACUGAAGAAGAAUACCGAGAACAAGGUGAAGCAGAAACUGUCAGAGCUCUGGAGGAGCUACGCUCGCUCUGCAGGAACCCCGACUUCCCAUCAUGGCUGGCAGUAUCCAAACUCCAGUCCCCACAUCGACUAUCCCUUUCUUCCGCCGUCCUCACCUUGCUGUUUCCCUUGGCUGCCUCCAGACUGCAGAGAACACAAGACCAUUACUUCUCCCACCACCUGAUCUUAGAAACCCUCCUGGAACUGCCUGUGGUGGGGAGAAGUUUGCUCUCCUGAGGGCGAUUUCAGACCAGACUGUAUUGGUGUUCAGGGGGAUUUCUUUUCUCUGUGACGUGCCUGGUGCCGCAGCACGACCUCACCGGUGGUUCCUCACUGCCCGUCUCUGGACAAGGGUGAAAAUCCACCACCUCCAACUAAAAAGUGCCAAAAAGUGCUGCCCUGCUGCAUUCCAGGAGCUCCUCCGUGUAGGCUGUGACUCAGAUCCUGUGCCUGAAAGUAGCACCGAGGCAGUCCUUCCUCGGUGACAUCGUUAUGAGGUUGCUUCAUUUCAGAAAGAAUGCUUCCACGGGACGCUAAAGAGACGACGAACACCUUUUUGUGCCACAUAUUUAUAAAUAUAUAAAUGCACAAUCUAUAGCGCAUUUAAGGGAGAGAAACCCUGUCAAGCAGGUGCUUCGAAAUCCAUUCACUUCUAACUCCACAGUAUUAAAAAAUAGAUAGGCCACUAGCGUAAGAGUUCCUUGUAAGAGAGGCUGCUACUGCCAAGUCCACAGUUCAGUUACCACCUGGACUCAAAUGUCAGGCUUGGCCAGGUGGGUUCUGUUGCUAGGAUGAAGUUGUUUUUGGUAAGAAGCAAUUGUAAGGGCUAUAAAUUCCCAUCCAUGCAACUUGAGGCCAAGCAGGAGAAGCAGAUUUAUCCUAGAAGAAACCCACAAUUUUUCUGGACCUCCUCUUUCUACUGAGGCAGCGAUUAUCCUUUCAUGAGUACUAAAAUAUAUAUUUAUAUACGAUAGCCAGAUAAGAUAUUAAGGUAACAUUUAACCUAUGUGAUAUGUUAAAUGGUAAAAUAGGCUGUGUCAUUUCUGAUACUUUCCCUUUUGCUAAAUCAUUUAGAACAACACCAGACAAACCUAUUCCAACAGGGAGGAAAAAAAAACCAAACACCGUACAGUUUAUAAAGUUCAUCAUUUGCCAGGGAUAGGUCGAUACUAUCCAAAGUAGAGCAGGAAACUACUAAGCACAUCCAAACCAGAAGUGCAGCAACAUGCCAGAAAGGUGACUGCUUUAGUGGGUAGCUGAUACUGACCUUAAAAAUCCUCCCAAGCCUGUUCCAAUGCUGGAAGCAUUUCAUCAUUAACAAAACCUACCAGAAGCAACUGCUGUCAUUUGAGCCCUUUGCCAACAGCGCGUUUACCUGCACAGUGUCCUGUGAAGUAUGGAAUUACAUCGGUUAACUGGGACACUACUGGCAACUGGUGUCCAGAGCUCAGGCAGGAAGCCUGAGAACAGAAUCCUGCUGUCAAUCCACUGCCUUAACUAUCACAGAAGCCUUUCUUCCGUAACAAAGAAUGAAUUGCAGUUAUCUUCUCUUUCAUGGUUAAUUAAAAAAUUGUUAGAAUUUCGUAUUUAUUUUGUAUUGCACACUAUACUUGAUAUACUGUAUGGUACUUUAAGGGUUUUUAAGUAAAAGUAUUUUUCAGCUA